CCAUUCGUCUUUUUUUACGGGUGCGAGUAGUUGAACGUGAUUUGGUGAUUAUUUUUCGUCUAUCACAAGUAAAUUUACACACAAAAUAAAAUAUAUUUAUCUCAGUGAAGAACGGCGUUGAACGCAAAGGAGUCUUAAAAUAUAUUCAGAAAAGAUGUCGGAAACAACGGGAACAGUAUAUCCUCCAGUCUCUUGGGCCCAGCGUAACGAUCUGCUUUAUGUCAUAAUUGAUGUGGAAUGCAUCAAUAUUGAACAUAAAGUGACAGAGAAUAGCUUCACUUUCAAGGGCGUUAACGCUCUAGACGCAACCAAAAAAUACGAAGUUACACUCAAUUUCCUACAUCCUGUGGAUCCCGAAAGAGUGACGAGUAAGAACAUUGGCAGAUGUUUGGAGUUCACUAUUUAUAAGAAAGAAGCAGGCCCCUACUGGCCCUCUCUUACCAACGAUAAAAUCAAAUUGCACUUUUUGAAAGCAAAUUUUACUAAAUGGAAAAAUGAGUCGGAUGAAGAGGAUGAGGGCGAGCCAGAACCUCCGUUCAAUAAUCUCUUCAAUUCAUCUUGGAAUAAGAAAUUCGACGAUUUAGGUCUAGAAGAAGACGACUCAGACGACGAUAUUCCCAGCUUAACUAAAAACGACGAGGAUUCUUCAGAUGAAGAUAAGGAGAAGGGAGAAGAAGAGAAAUCAGCACCCGAGGCUGAGAAUAAAUAGUUUAAUAAAUUGUUAAACACUUGAAUAACGUAGUGCAGAAAAUAUGGAACUUAAGAGAUGAUCACAAAAAGAAACUCCAAACUAAACAUAAGAAUCCCUAUUAUUAUAAAUAAAACUAUUUUUCCAAACGAUUGGAAAGGAAAGAAAUCAA